AUGAAUCGGCUAGUGUUAGCGUUCGGUAUCGUCUGCUUACUGCAGGGACUCUCUGCUGAGCCAAAACCAGAAUUUGGUCUGACAAACAGCAUUCCGGCGAGCGGCAAAUUAACCACAGUGAAAGGCGCUGUAAACACGAUUUCGAAUGAAAUCAAGGCGCUUGUUGUGCCCACUUUAACUUCCGGCAUGACCAAACUCGAUACUACCAAGACGAAGAUUGUAGCCGUUAUCAACGAUUUUGAUACUAAGACGAAAGCUAUUACCGCUGGCUACGAAAGCUUACUAGCUGCUACCGAUGGCAACAUCAAUGGUGCUUUUGCACCGCUCCUCACAGCAAUUGACGAUGCCGUUACCUACAUCGCUGGUGAUGGUGCCGCCAUUUCAUCGGCCCUUUCCGAUCUUACUUACACCGGCAUCUCGGAUGAGCUGACCGAUGCGUUCACCCGCAUUACUGCCGGUUUGUCGGACCUGAAAACGAAAACCAAUACCGUUAAAUCGGCCAUCUCGGCUGCCGCGUCUGCCGAUGGCGGUGCUAUGGUCAGCACGGCUACGUUGCGUCAGUACGUUACACUGAAAAUAAUGUACGACGUGUUGAAUUCCGCCACCAAACUGCGCACAUACCUGCCACUGGUGAAGUACAUCCUGACGAUCACUCUCGAGAACCUUAGCGAAGCGGACACUUACGUGAACGCUUUGAAGACCGCUAUGAACAGUGAUGUUAGCGCGGUUACCAACAGUUUCAAAGGUGAAAUCAAAACGUAUACCGACGCAAUCAAAACUGCGGUGUCCGGAAAGUUUGCCACAGCCGAUUCUGACGUCGGUGGCAUUCAAUCAACUGUAAGCGGCAUGACCCCUCUUAUGGCCGCAUCGGGGCUUACUGAUCUGAAGGCAAAAAUAUCUCUCCUGAAAGGAUAUUUCGGAACCUCCAGCCUUGGUAGUGGAACUACCGCGAUGGCGACUGCCUUCACCCACAUUGAAACAGCUCUUGCGGACCUGAUCACUUCGCUUAAGAACGCUGUCACUGUGACCGAUAACCCGCUGGUGAAUAAGCUGAUCGACACGCUGAUGGGCAAUGAUGAGUACGGUCGCUACUGCUACAACAAGUACAAGGAUUUGGUCAAGGGUCUGUUUGAUCUGUCCUUCGAUGCCAGUUGGAUGUGUGUGGAUAAGGAAACCGCACGUCUUCAGCACUUGCAGUCCACGCUUACACUGAUCAUCGAACAAUUGGCUUACGACUACGAAGAUAUUGUAUCGCAGGUUGGCGUAUGCAACAAUCUUUCAAUCGCCGGUGAUACCGCCAAUACUAGCGCUUGUAUCGCAUCGCUGACCGCUUUCUACAACGAUUUGUUCGCAGCUACCAAGACCAAGAUUGAUUUAGUGUUCACGAUCGCCUCGGACGAGGCCGUCGCCGUCGAGAACCGUCUGCUUAUCUGCUUCAACCUGGUCAACCUGGACACGUCCGUUACGCAGGUGGCGACAAUCACCGAAGGACUCACUAUUUGUUCCAACAGUGGUCCUAAAGGUACGGAUUAA